UCUAAAGAGCUUACAACAAUUCACUUGAACAAAAUGACAGCCUUAAAUCAGGAUCAACGCUUUGCGUUUCUUUUGAUCAUUUCUUUGAUGGGAAGUUUUAUUUUGGGGAUAUCAGAGGCUCAAACAUUCACUGCCGAGGAUCGUAACUCUAUACAGAAGUUCAUGGAUCAGCUAAUAAGUUUCCUGGAAUUGGAAUCAAGUAAUGUAACCACCACAUUAGCACCUUCUUCCAAUGCAACGAGUGUGGAAACUUCCACUUUGUCCUCGGGAAAUUCCACACAAGUAACAACAGAGGUUGCGAGAACAACUGGUAACUCUACAUCGAGUGUUUUAAGUACCUCCAGCACCACCAGCACUACUAGCACCACCAGAUUUAACUCCACAACGGUGGGUAAUACCACCUCAACCACCGAAUCCAAUCCAACUACCAUUAGACGUAGAAUUUGCUUUAAGCGUUUCUGCUAUAAAUUCAGCAACGAUAAGGGAUAUAUAGUUUAG